UUCACCUGGCGUCAACCCUCUUGUAAUGCGCUUCAGCGGUCUCCUGUCCAAGAACAUUUUGUCUGGGAUUACAGAACCAAACUGGUGCAACAGAUCAUGUUACUUAACCCAGGGGCAGGAACAUAAAGUUCCACGUGGACUGUUAAUUUCAUAAAGCGUGUAUUCUUACAAUUGAAUAAUUGUUUACUCUUACUUCAACUGCCUGAACUUGACAUCCAAUCCCUCUUUUUUUAUCAUUGUUCAAUGAAUAUGUUUUAUGAGUUCAAAGAAAGUGAUACCAACUGAUAAGAAAUAGAUGUCAUUUAUUUCCAUCUCAUUUCCAUGUCACUGAAGAACUAUCUAAUACCUUGGUGUUGCCAUGCGUAAACAGUACUUUGGCUUGGCUAAGGUAAACUAAUUCCCUAGACGUGUUUUCUCUGUGUUUAGACUAGUAUACACCCUUGCUACAAUUACAUACAGCCGUUUCAUUGUGUAUGGGAGAGUGCAACAGUUUAUGGGCAGGAUUUUGUUAACUGGAUUAGUAAUAGAUUAAGAUUUAAACCUCCAUUUAGGACCAAGAUGUGAAAAUAAUCAGUGAGCUCGUCUGUGCCUUGUGUAUAUAAGGAUCCUAGACAGAAGAGAAACACAUACCUGCAACUUCAUUGAAGCUUAACCUCUUGCUUUGUAGAAAUGGACUUCCAUAUGCUGGCCCUUGUGGUGGUGCUCCUGGCGGGUCUGGAGCAGAGUUGGGCUGCCUCCUGUGUGGUGGACAGCUUCAAUGUCAAGGAGGACUUUGACCCCAAGAGAUACGCAGGAAAGUGGUACGCUCUGCAGAAGAAGGACCCUGAGGGACUGUUCCUCCAGGACAACAUCUCAGCUGAGUACACCAUCGGUGACGACGGCUCCAUGGUCGCCGCCUCCAAGGGACGUGUCACACUUUUCGGAUUCUGGGUUGUGUGCGCUGACAUGGCUGCCCAGUACACCGUGCCGGACUCUGCCAACCCUGGAAAGAUGUUCAUGAACUACCAGGGCCUGGCCAGCUAUCUGUCCAGCGGAGGUGACAACUACUGGGUGAUUGACACCGACUAUGACAACUAUGCCAUCACAUAUGCCUGCCGUACCCUGAAGGACGAUGGAAGCUGUGAGGAUGGCUACUCCCUGAUAUUCUCCCGUAACCCCCGUGGCCUGCCACCAGCCAUCCAGAGGAGCAUUCGCGCCAAGCAGGAAGAGAUCUGCAUGGCCGGACAAUUUGAGCCCGUGCUGCAGUCUGGAGCUUGCUGAAUGUCUACUAUGAAGGAACUUGUUGUGCUGCCAAGGGAUCCCUACAAUGUCCUGGCUUGGACAGAGAUAUUUACUGAUGACUGAAGAGGAAAUCACAUAAGAUUCUUUUAUAUAAAAAUUAUAUUAUGCCCCUCAUGUACAGUACCAGUCAAAAGUUUGGACACCUACUUUAUUUUCUACAUUGUAGAAUAAUAGUGAACCAAAAAUG